UGCGGCGCAUCAUGUCCGGGUGCGUGUGAAAAAAAGUAUCGCAUUUGUUUACAUUUCAACUUGAUUUGAUUUGGAGGCACGAAUUUAGCGUAAACAUGCCCGGUGCGCGCGAGAUCGGGCUGGUGGGCGCCGCGCUCGCGCUCACGGGAGGCGUCGCGUGCGCUGUGUGUUAUCUGAGGAGGAAACAUGGGAGGAAAACACGAGAACCUGAGAAAACAGAGAGAGAAGGGCUGAACGAGGACGGGAGCAGAGGAGAGCACGUGCAUAAAGCCAUCAAGACCGACAGUGCACUAAAAGCGCCCGUGAUAUCAGAGCCCAGGUCAGCAGGUACUCAGGUGCUGGUAUUGGGUCUGGACGGGGCGGGAAAGACUAGCUUACUGCACUGUUUUGCCACAGGUAGCCUGGAACAAGACGUGUGUCCCACUCAGGGCUUCAACGCCAUCUCCAUCAACAAGGAAGAGCUUCAGAUCGAGUUCUUAGAGAUUGGAGGUACAGAGAAGCUGCGUGAUUACUGGCGGAUGUAUUUGUGUAAAGCGCGUGUGUUGGUGUUCGUGGUGGACUCGUCUGACCCCGAGCGAUUCCCUCUGGCUAAACGUCUCCUGCACCAGCUCCUGUCGGCCGACCCCUGCCUGCCUCUAGUGCUGCUCGCAAACAAGCAGGAUGUCCCCGGGGCCCAAGGGAUCACUGAUCUUUACGAGGCACUGGAUUUGGGUAAUGUUGGCGACGGGCACCGGCUCAGUGUGAUUGGUACUCAGGUGAAGAAGGGAAAGUCUGGGGCCAACGCCGGUGUGCAAGAUGCUCGUGACCUCAUCAUAGAGAUGAUGUCAGAUGAUUGACCACCGACUAUAUGUCUUUAAUAUGGCUUCCUAUGGUCCCAGUUAUGAAGGGCUUUACAUUCACCAAAGAGUCUUCAAACCAGAUGACAACAAAACAGCUGUUUUUGUAGUAGAAGAGAGACUAGUUCUCUUAAUAAUCUUCAUGACACUAAAACAUUAUGAUUGUUAUAACUGAGAAAGAAAACUGAGCAUUUUGAAAAAGAUGCCAAAGAUAAUCAUGUUUUUCAGUGUAUUGCUGCUACUGUUGUUAUUGUGGAUUAUGGGAUGUUUGAUUAUGAAUUAACUUUGCUUUGAUUGGUUUAUAAUGUAACUUGCUGACUUGUCAGUAAGAAAAGUCUAUAAUCAAGAUGACUGUAUGUUAUUUUUGUAACUUGACCUUUCUGUCUUUAAAUGGCUUUUUGUUGCCAGAAAUCAAGUGAAGAUUUGAGCAAAUUGGCGAUUGUCUUUUGACAAACAUUAAAUAUGAAUUGAAAUGA